CCGGCCACGCUCAUAAAUCCGGCACACAGUACAAAUGACAAAUAUUGAGUGUGUAUUUCUAUAUCCCAUUAGAAUACUCCCUAAAAUAGAAAGUGAAACAGACGGCAGACAAAAACUCUCCACACAGACGAGCUGCAACCCACACACCUGACUAUUCUCCAUCAUUGGCUGUACUCCAUCUGGAUGAUGUCCGUGUUGUUCUGCGGGUGGGAAGCAACCUAUUAUGAUGAGUUUUCUCGUAGUGUGGCACUGGGGGCAGCACAGCAACCCAAAAAUAGGGGCGUGUACACCAUGUACCAUGGCACGACCAUUACCAACGCACGGCAGAUUAUUCCCAAUGGCUUUAAGCAGUCAGUAGAUGGCCGGCUGGGAAAGGGGGUGUACGUGAGUCGUGACAAAGCAAAAGCGGAGCAAUAUCCAGCCUUCUGUCUACCGACAAACCAGGUGGUUCUCUUGUUGCGUGUCUGCGUUGGCCGUGUCAAACGUAUCGAGGCCAACGAUCCUUUGCAGAAAACGUGGCAUGAUAAAGGCUACAACACUGCCUGGAUGCCCGCCAACAAUGGCAGGUUAGAGGAGGAUUGUGUGUUUGAUCCAGACAGAGUGGAGGUCACAGGCAUUGCAAAGGCGCCAAACACCACCAUCCGGGUGGAACUUGAACAGCUCAUGGCAAAUAACCCCAAGAAGCACCGCAGAGGAGGUGGUAGCAGUACCAGAGGUGUUUGUUCAGCCUGUCAGAGAAAGACAGCGCAUGAUCACCGACAUGACCAGGAGCAGUGCUGGAGCUGUGGGAAAAACAUCUGCGUCCUCAUGCCCAAACAUUUCUGUACAGUGCAACAGCGUCACUAUUCCGUCAGCAGGAUGUCCGUGUCGUUCUUCGGCUGGGAGGUGACCUAUGAUGGUGCCCGUUCUUAUAGCGUGACCCUGGGAGCACAGCAAGCACCCAAGUCCAGGGGCGUGUACACGAUGUUCCAUGGUACUACCGUUGCUAAUGCACGGCAGAUUAUUCCCAAUCGCUUUAAGCCGUCAUCAGAUGGCAUGCUGGGAAAGGGCGUGUAUGUGAGCCGCGAGAAGGGCAAAGCACAGCGAUAUCCAUUAAAAAUUAGUUCUUCAGACCGUGUAGUUCUUGAGUUGCGUGUCUACGUUGGCCGCGUAAAGCGUAUCGACCAGGACAACCAUCCUAUGCAGAAAACAUGGAAUGCAAAUGGGUAUGACACUGCCUGGGUGCCCCGCAACUGCGGCAUGAAAAGCGUGCCCUCAGGCAAUGAGGAGAAUUGUGUUUUUGAUCCCAAACGAGUGGAGGUCACAGGCAUCGCACAAGCACCAGACAAGAACAUCCAGAAUGAGCUUGAGCAGCUAAUAGCGAGUCGCCCCAAAAUAAGCCACAGAGGAGGCGGUGGAGCGGCGUCGGGUAGUGCUUUGUGUUCACUGUGCAACACAUACACAGUGCCGGGUAGAACACACAACAUCCAGCAGUGCUGGGGCUGCAAGAUAAACAUCUGCGUCUUCAUGACCAAGCACGUGUGUACAGCUCGUGCCUGAGAAGGUGCAAGACACGUGGCUUGAAAACCAGCGAGGGUGCGGCGACGCGCGGAUGUGCCAUUACUUCAGCAUGUGUUGGUGACAGAGAGGAACCAUCAGCGUCUCAUCACUCAACAGUGGAAACAGGACUCACAUCAACUUCUUCCUUAGAAUGACCCCCACCCCCCUUUGAUAAAGUGAAACCUGUCACUGUGGCAACAUGUUAAAAUUUCCUGCUUUGUCUUUGUAACUGUUCCUUAUAAUCUUUGUUAUACUCAAUUAAGAGAUGAUCUUCAUACAUGAAAUAAAAUGUCUAUUCUAACGUGGUCAUGCUGCGGUGAGACAAUCAUUAAAGACAAAUCAUUUGUCAGGAUUUAUUAUCACCGAAUGAUUAAAUGUUAUUUUCAUGGUAUCAAACCAA